CCGCGCUCUCUGCGGUAACCGCCGGGCGUCUGCCGCCUGGUUACCUGUGACGGUGCGGCUCAUGGCGCCCGUGUCCCGGUCCCGCUGUCCCGAGGACACCCCGGGCUCUCGGAUACGGCGACGCAGCUCUUCCAGGAGCGGCCGUUCCCGCUCUCACUCCCGCGGCCGCGAGGGCCUCGGGCCUCCGAGCGGCGGAGCGGGCGUCGGCGGGCCUCACCCCCUCAGUCGCGCCGGUUCUCGAGAGCAGCCCGGGCUCCGCAACUGCGCGUUCGUGUCCAGUUCGAGCUACCGCAGCGGGUACCGCGACCUUCACCACGCUUGUGCGGGACGGGGCCAGCGCGCGGAAGAGCACAGGAGGGAGGAGGAGAACUACCGGCAGCGGCGGCUGAGAGAGAGAGCGAGGAUCGCCGAGCUGGGCGCUCCUGAGGUGUGGGGGCUGUCGCCAAGGUUUCCGGAGCCGGAUUCCGACGAGCACACCCCCGUGGAAGGUGAAGAGGUGAAAACUCAGAAGACCAGCAGUUCAGAUAUCGGCUCCGAAGGAAGAAGGAAAAAGACCAGUCGUUCAAAAAACAGGAAAACAAAGAAAAAAUCCAAAAGAAAGUAUAGAGACUAUUCUGAUAAUACUGACACUGAUUCAGACUCUGACAGAAAUACUAGCUCUGAUGACGAGAAAAAGAGAGCAAAAAAAGCCAAGAAGAAAGAGAGGAAAAAGAAACACAGAAGGAAAACCCCCAAGAAAAAGAAGACUAAAAAAGAACCCAGUGACUCAAGCUUUAAGGAUUCAGAAGGAGAACUGCCAGAAUAUGCCUGGGCUGAGCGCUCAAAGACUGCGGGUGCCAUGGAGCUGAUAGGUCCGGAAGCACCUAUGAUACCUGCCUCCCAGGACGAGAAACCCUUGAACUACGGCCAUGCCCUGCUCCCAGGCGAAGGUGCAGCUAUGGCUGAGUAUGUAAAAGCUGGAAAGCGGAUCCCACGAAGAGGUGAGAUUGGGCUGACAAGUGAAGAGAUUGCUUCGUUUGAAUGCUCGGGUUAUGUGAUGAGUGGGAGCCGGCAUCGCAGAAUGGAAGCUGUGCGGCUGCGGAAAGAGAACCAGAUCUACAGUGCUGACGAGAAGAGAGCUCUGGCAUCCUUCAACCAGGAAGAAAGACGGAGGAGGGAGAGUAAGAUUCUAGCCAGUUUCCGAGAGAUGGUGCACAGAAAGACCAAAGGGAAAGAUGACAAAUAAGGACUUUAGUUGUGCUGCAGGACUGACCAACAAUGUUCUGUGACCAAGUACUAUUAUUAAAAGGCUUUAUGGUGCUACUGUAUCUACUAUGUAAGUCCUUCUAGAAAAAGCUGCUUUUUGAGGUCUCGUUAGCAAUGUAUUUUUAUUUUAAAAAGUAAUACAUGCACAUGGUUUUAAAAAUA